AUGUUGGGUGGACCAAGUACAGAUGAUGCAGAGAUGAGCAAACGAAUGGCUGAUUUGCAAGUUAAAUCAAGUUUUAUUCAAUUUAUUAUCUCAGUUGGACUUAUUAAUUUAGCUCCAUAUGUUAUUGAAGCAGUCAUGGGCGAAAAAAUGUCUCUAUCAAAAGUACCAGUACAUAAAUGCUUAGAAAAACUUCAAUGGCUUUUAGGUGUUUGGCGUUCGGAAUCAGCUACAAUUCAACUUGAAGGAAAAUCGUUUGCUUACUUAAGUGAAUUGAAAUGUGAACAUGUUGGUCAACCGAAUUUUAUUCUUCAUAUCAAUGCAUUUAACGUUCAACCAUUACCAAAUAGUGAUCCAUUAUCGACAUGGUCAAAUGCAAAGGAAUUAAAACCAUUUCAUCGUGAAAUGGGUUUUCUACGUGUCAAUCCAAACGAUGAAGCAUCUACAAAUAUUUCAUAUUUAAAUGUACAAAAUGUUGGCUUAGCUAAUGUUGAAGAAGGAGAUAUUAAUGGACAAAGUUUUGUUGUUAAAACUCAAUCUAUUGGACGUUCAUGUUUCAAUAAAGAUCCAAGCGUUCGAUUACUUCGCCGGGAAUAUUUAUUAGAUGAAAAAGAUUCAAAUAUACUUUCUGUUAAAGUUUUUAUGAGUACAAGUCGUAUGGAUGACAACGAACAGCCAUUUGAACAUUUAACAAUACAAUAUCGAAAAGUAUCAAAUGAAUAA